AUGUUAAAUGUUGAUGAAUUAGUGUCUGAGCAAGCAGUUAAUGUGGAAGCUGAGAAAGAGAAGGUCAUUGAUGAUGUUGAAGGUGAUGAUGUCAAUAAAAGUACAACAAGUUCUUCGAGUUCUUCUGAUGAAGAAAUAGAUGAGACUGAACGUCUAAGAAGAAUUCAAGAAGCUACAGAGAAAGAGAAACAAUUAAGGAAGAGGAAGAGACAGGAGAAAGAUGAUGCUGCCUAUGUCCCAUCACCUGAACACGUUUCUGAAUCUCAAUCACCUUCGAGUGGUAAAAAGAAAGCAGGUGCAAGAAAAAGGAUUGUAUCUCCGAAAAUUAAGAAAGUUACCACGAAGAUUACAAAGCCGAAGAUUGUUCUGAAAAAGAAGUCGGCCAAAGAACCCAGUCUUCACAUUCCUCCGGAUAAUCUUGAAGAUAUUGGAGAUUUUGGCUUUGCAAACGAUGAACAAGUUAAGAAGCUAGAAAAGAAGAUGGAUGACGUGUUAAAUGAAAACAAAGUAGUUGCAGCAGAAAGCAAGAAAGUUGCUGAACAUGAAAAAAUUCUCGAAAUGCGCGUGAAGAAAUUAGAGUCUGACAACAAGGCAUUGUUAAAGAAGAUUGAUACAGAUCAGACUGAGAUUGAUUUCCUGAAAGUACGAGUGGCUGAGUUGGAAAAAGAAAAGGCUCGCAGAGAUAAGCAGAACAAGUAUUUCGAGAUGAAAAACAAAGAGCUUGAAGCUGCAAAAGCAUUGAAAGAGCACAAGUUCUACAUGUUGAACAAAGUUGUUGAGAAUAUGCUUGGAACGUCGAUUGAGCAAAGAUUCGAAGAAAUACUAGUUGAAGAGCUUAUGGCUAAACGCCAAGCUGAGAUUGAUGGACAGAUGAAAGAUAAGGGAAAGGGUGCUGAAAGUAGUGUGGCAAUUGUUCCAUCCUUAGUAAUUGAAAAUCCAGUUCCUAUAUCUUCCGUAUCAGCAAUCUUUGAAGAACCUGAAGAUGACGAUGAUGAGAAAGUCUUUUCGGCUAGCAGUCAUGGUUCUGAUAAUGACGAUGAUGAUGCUCAAGGUGGUAUGGGAAUUAAAGUAACUGAAGCUUCCAAUGAAAGAACUGUUGAUGAUUUUAUGAAUGAUUCUGUGAAUGAAAAGACAGGGGGACCUGAAGGAAAGGGGGAGUCUGGUGAUAAUCAGAAUGUAAAGCAUGUUGAAAAGUUAAUCUUGAGAUUAGACACUGAUAUGGAGGAAGGUGAACACAGACAUACGUAUUCAUUGGAAGAGAUUAAAGAAAUGACACGUAUGGUGGAUCCUGACUUCAAAUUUGAUUUUGAGGAAGAAUUAAAUGCAUUUGACAUCAACCACCAACCUGAAUAUGAGUAUAAGUAUGUAGAGGAUGCUGAUAUGUACGAUAGGGUUAAGUUGAAGAUUACACAGAUGAUGAAAGUGUAA